AUGUCAUUUGAUUUUAUUUAUUUUACAGGAUCAGAAUGUGACAUUUUAGGGCAGCUUCCUGAAUUUGGAGAUAUUUACCAUGUCUCAGGAAUCAUCCAUCUACCUUAUGCUGAGAUUGAAGAGCCUUUUGAAGCUUGGUACAACUUGACUGCAAGGAAGAGCCGCAUUCAGUACUAUAAUGGACGGGUCGUCACCUAUCAGAUUGGGUCUGAGCGUCCAUGGGGCGCCUACUACAAGGUCACCCCAGAGACCACAGAAACAUAGAUAAAUGUCCAGAAGUGCUUCUGAUUAAAUGGCACUGCAGAAAGCCAUGCUGAGCCCCAAAGUGUCUUCCCUAAUAUGGAUGGCUUUAAGCUGGUACGAGAGGAAUACUACAAAGGCCUUAACUGCAACGUGUGGCAGAAUGUGUCCCACUGGGGCACAAAGAAGAAUGUCUACACCCUGUGGGUAACGGCUUCUAAAGAGAACCCUGUCCCCGUGCACUAUGAGAUGAGAGGCUUCAACCAUCUCCUGGGUUCUCAUUAUGAUAAGUAUGAAAUCGACUAUCGUAACUACUCUCGCAGCUUUCAGCCCAGCAUCUUGGAUCUGCCAAAGGACAUGGAUUGCGAGUGGCCUCCAGGCCAGGAAGAGGAACGCCACAUCCUGGCCAAUCCCAUGCAAGAUUUUGUCUCCCAGGAAGCGGACAGAGGCCUUCGGCUUUUCCAUCAUUACAGUCUGAGGUACAAGAAGGAGUAUAGCACAGAGAAGGAACUGGAGCAGAGAGCCCACGCCUUCAUCCACAACUUGAGGUUUGUCCACUCCAAGAAUCGAGCCAAGCUGCCCUUCCAGCUGGACCUGAAUCACUUGGCUGAUCGCACUCCAAAAGAGAUGGCUAAAAUGAGAGGGCUACUGCAAGACAAAACACCAAAUAACGGGGAACCUUUUCCCUUGACACUGUACUCUGGCAUCAUCCUGCCUGAGAGUGUUGAUUGGAGACUCUAUGGCGCAGUGACGCCCGUCAAGGACCAGGCCGUGUGUGGCUCCUGUUGGAGCUUUGCUACCACUGGGGCUUUGGAGGGAGCCUUCUUCCUCAAGACUGGAGAGCUGAUAUUCUUGUCUCAGCAAGCACUGAUGGACUGCUCCUGGGGCUUUGGGAACUUUGGCUGUGAUGGAGGCCUAGCAUGGCAGGCCUUUGAAUGGGCCAAGAAGCAUGGUGGUAUACCGAGUGAUGAAUCCUAUGGGCCGUACAGUGGCCAGAAUGGAUACUGCCACUACAAUCAAUCUGAAUUCCUAGGCAAUGUGUCAAGAUACGUCAACGUCCCCUAUGGCGACAUCACCGCCUUAAAACAGGCCAUCUUCAAGAAUGGGCCUGUGGCUGUGAGCAUUAAUGCUUCCCCGAUGUCCUUUGCAUUCUACGCCAAUGGUGUCUAUUAUGACCCUGAAUGCAGAAACAGCAGCGAAUUGAACCAUGCAGUGCUGGCUGUGGGCUACGGAAUCUUGCAAGGGGAGACUUAUUGGCUGAUCAAAAACUCCUGGUCUACUUACUGGGGGAAUGAUGGCUACAUCCUCAUCUCAAUGAAGGACAAUAUCUGUGGGGUGGCCAAUGCUGGCAUAUACCCUGUUCUUGAUUAA